AUGGAGCGCUCCAGAUUUUCCACCACUGACGCUAGUGAAUUCGUAAAACAGCAGCAAAGCAAGAACACAGCAGAAGCAACAAAGUUUUCAGUAAAAGUCGUGCGAGAGUUUUGUGGAGAAAGGGGAAUGGCAAAGGACUUUCAAACGUACGAAGUGCCAGCAAUGGCCAAUCUAUUGAAAGACUUUUUCUCGAAUGUCAGAAAUCAAGGCGGUAAAACUUACAGCAAAAGUACGCUCUGUGCCAUCCGUCAAGGUAUUCGACGAUACUUACAGGAGCCUCCGCAUGAGAGGAGCAUCGACAUAAUUUCUGAUCCCAGGUUUAAGAGUGCAAAUCACGCUUUUAACAGUAUGCUGAAGAAGGCUAGGCAGGAAGGAAAAGGCCAGGUACAGCACAAACGACACAUACCUGCAGGUAACUAUCGGCACAUAUUUUCGCAGUUUCAUAUAUUCGUUGUCAUAAGAUAUGUUCGAAAGAAGACCAGUGAGCAAACGAAAAAUCACACCGGUAUUACCAACGAAGAUGAGGGUGACGGUGCGAGAAUGUAUGCGACAGGCACUAAAAUGUGCCCUGUAAGCAGUUUCGAGAAAUACAUAGCCAAACGCAAUCCUGACUGCGAUGCUUUAUUGCAGUAUUCCUGUGGCUCUUAUUUAGAAUCUGAUGAUUGCUGGUUCGAGAGAAAACCUCUGGGAAAGAAUUCCAUUGGCCAAUUUAUGGUGAAACUCUCAAAAGAGGCAGAACUUUCUGACACCUACACAAACCACUGUGUGCGCGCAACGACAAUAACUGUCCUGAAUGAUGUCGGUUUCAAAGACAGGGAUAUUGUUUCUGUGUCUGGGCAUCGGAACGAGAAAUCACUUGCAAGCUAUGUUGCUGACACAAGAGUGGACACCAAGCGCAACAUGUCGGAUGCUUUGAGCACUAUCACCAACAACCUGGAUGCUGUUGUUCCAGCGAAGCCGACUUCUACCUGUAGUCAUGCACCAGUGAAUCCAUGUGCCGGGCCAUCCGUCAUUCAGGAUGAGUCAUGUAUAAACUUUUUGGACUACAAGCUGCACACCCAGAACCAGCAAAUCCAAAAUUCAAUGAGUGCUCCAUACUUCAAUUUCAAUAACUGCGUUGUCAAUAUGUACAACAAGUGACUGUUCUAAAUAACGUAUUGAUGUUGACGCUUUCAAUGUUUAUUCCAAUGUUUAUUCUUUAUUCCAAUGUUUUCCAAUACUUUUAUUCCAAUACUUUUAUUCCAAUGUUUAUUCCAGUUGCAAUGUGUUACGUUAGUGUUUUAAUAAAAAUUGAAAUUGUUCGUUUAAACUUUGUCUUAUUCACUUCAU